AAUAAGAGUUCAUAAAAAAACAAUAUCUUAACGAAAAAUGAAAGUCUUAUUACUGGUGGCGGUUGUGGGGCUACAGGUGCUGUCAUGCCUGGCCAAGCAGAAGGUGGUCUGUUACUGGCCUAACUGGCGCAUGGGGUCGGGCGCCGACGGGGGACAUACACCCGAAAACAUCGACCCAACCCUUUGUACGCAUAUUCAUCACGCGUUUCACGUGUUGGACGAACAGCACAACGUUGUUAAGGAUAGCGCCGGCCCUCAGCCCGAUAUCUACAACCGGUUGAAUGCCUUGAAACAAAAGAACCCUGAUGUUAAGAUUAUUAUAUCCCUGGGCGGUGGUGGACAGCCUGACGCCCCCUACUCUCAUUUGAUUAGUGAUCCGGCUAAAAGAGCAGCGUUUAUUAAGAAUACGAUCGCCUACAUACAUAAAUAUAAGUUUGACGGUCUGGAUAUCGACUGGGAGUACCCGGUUUGCUGGGGUGGCGACUGUAGUAAAGGUCCCCAGUCUGAUAAGCCUAAUUUUGGUCAUUUGCUUACGGAAUUGCGGGCAGCAUUUGAUAAGGAAAACCCUCGACUGUCCCUAUCGGCCGCAGUGGUAGCCGGUGUGCCCGGUGGCACAGUUGACCAUGCUUACGAUUUCCAAGCUAUGGCAUCUGCGCUGGACUACAUAAGCGUCAUGACGUACGACGAGGCCGGCACGUGGGAGGGAAAGACGGGUCACCACUCGAAGUACUCCUUCUGUAUCAGUGCCUCACAAUACUAUGUGAACAAAGGUAUCCCCAAAGAGAAGGUGCUGAUGGGAGUGCCCUUCUAUGGACAUACAUUCAAACUGCAGGACAAGAAUAAGCAUGGUAUCGGUGCUCCCAUUGCCGGC